AUGAUCAAUAUUUUAAUCAUUACUUUUAUAACCUUAAUUUUGUUAACAUUUGAUGAUCAUUUGGUUAGCUCAGCAUCAUCAGUGGUUAAUGUUGACAAAAAUGAAAUUGAACAAAAUUUCAAUUUUACCGGAUUACUUUUCAAGGAUUUUUCUUGGUCUCAAUGUGGAAACACCGAUGUGAUUAAAUUCAGUCGACUUGAACUCGAUCCCGAUCCAAUGGUCAUUCCUGGAAUACUUUCCCUUGGACUUGAUGUUUUACUGAAAGCAAAUUUAACAGCCCCACUUCCGUUCACAUUGAGAAUGAAGAAAAAAGUGUUCGGUGUUUGGGUGAAUAUUCCUUGCGAAAGCGGUUUUGGUUCCUGUGAUUAUCCCGAUUUCUGCCUAUUGUGGCCUUACCCUAAACCUUGUUCGGAAGUUUAUACUCGCUACAAUGUCCCUUGUUCGUGCCCAUUCACCGCGGGAAGAUACAACUUCCCGGAAAGUGUCGUCGGAAAUGCAACCCUACCCUUUACAGAUAUUCCCAAGUGGCUCGAGAAUGGACAUUACUCAAUCGAAGCUCGUCUAUUGGAUCCAAGUGGCACUGAACAGUUUUGUAUGCAAAUUCUCAUGCAAAUGAAGAUUGCCAAUUAAAUUUGAUUCCCUUUACCGGCCCUGUAAUCAAUUAAUUACAGUAAAGUCAUUGAACACACUCACAGUA